UACACUACAGUUUAACUCUGAUAGGUUUUAUCUCUACAGGGAAAAUAGCAAAUAUCAAACUGCAGCGGGGAAAAAAGAACGGUAUACAGUAUUUUUACAUCCAUGUUCCUUCUUGACUUUUUGACAGAGUGUAUGACUGCCACGCCCCCUUGCUGGUACGCCUACAACGUGACGUUGGACGAUUCCUUUAAUGGGCGUAGCGGAGGGACAACCCUUGUCAGGAGAACAGCUUUAACCUCGGCUCCCUACCUCGCUGUGGUGUUGUGCAGUAGUACAAGGUACAAGUUAUUCCUUGCUGCUAACUUAACAACGACAUUUUUAAACAUUGGAGACGGGAAUGGAUCAGGGGAGGAUCAUUGUGAACUCGUGGGCGGGUCUGAAUCCACAGCGGUAACUGCGGGAGAUUACGUUAACUCUCCAGCUGUUUCAGUUUACUAUCGGAGCUCGGCAGGAGAGGAGUUUUCCUUUGGAAACAUUGGUUAUGCAGAAACAGAAUACUAUUUCAAUUCCUAUUUAGAAUGUGGAGUAUCAAUUCCGGGAACUGACGCCGUGGUCUAGUCGGAUUUUAUUUGUUCUAUAAUUGACGCUGUGCGGAGUUUGGUUAAUUAACGUUGAUUGAUCCUCAUGAGAUGUCGUAGGUUUUUGUAAAAAUUUUAAGUUUAUUGAAUGAAACUUUGUAUAUGAUAGAAAUAUAUCUUCCAGAGGAAUUUUAUUCAUUGGAU